ACACACAAUGGAGCUGAUGACAACGCCUUCAGCUGUGCUUACCAACGUGAAGACAACAAUAAAAUAAUCGGUGCCUAUCUUUCCAAAGACUUAAUGGCCAUCGCCGGAGAAGUUCUCAAAACGAACAUAACAACUCUCGGACCACUAGUCCUACCAAUGUCCGAACAAAUUCUGUUUUUCGCAACACUGGUCGCGAGAAAAGUCUUCAAAGCCAAGAAAAUCAAACCUUACAUUCCUGAUUUCAAGCUAGCAUUCGAGCACUUCUGCAUCCACGCGGGAGGCAGAGCACUGCUCGAUGAGAUUGAGAAGAAUUUAGAUCUUUCUGAGUGGCAUAUGGAGCCUUCGAGGAUGACUUUGAACAGGUAUGGGAAUACUUCGAGUAGCUCGCUUUGGUAUGAGCUUGCGUAUAUUGAGGCUAAAGGGAGGAUCAAGAGAGGAGAUAGGACUUGGCAGAUUGCUCUUGGAGCGGGUUUUAAGUGUAAUAGUGCGGUUUGGAGAGCUUUGAGAACUAUUAAUCCAGCCGCCCAGGAUAAGACUACUAAUCCAUGGAUUGAUGAGAUUCAUGAGUUUCCCGUUCCAAUGUGACAUCUUCGUCGAUAUUUGUUUUUUCUUUUCUCCAUAUGUAUAAUAAUGAUUCACAUCACAUAUCUUCAAUCCAUAUAUUUUAUGCUCGAAGCGAGUUUAAAAGUUUCA